AUGCCCUCACCCUAUUGCUCCUACCGCAUGGCCCGCGCGGCCGCCCUAAAAGGCAAAGAUCGUUCCCUCACGGCCGCUGCAGUGGACGGCGAAUGGCAGUGCGACACCAGCGUAGGCUACGGUGGCACUGCCAAGUGGACGUGCACCGUCGACGAGGCCGCCGGCUGUGAGGUGGUCUCUCUGCUCGAGGGCUGCGAGAAGCUUCCCUUGCGCUCCUGCACUGCUCCAGAGGUAGACGGCUGCGCCCUGGACACUUCCCAGUGCACGGAUGUAGCGCCAGGGGCGACGUGUAGGCUGGCCUGCCGCUGGCCGUACUUGGGGCUCCCGACAUUUGCCACGUGCCCGUCUGACAAUUGGGAGGCAGGAAAGGUGGUGGAGCUCGACACAAGGCUGCCCUACUGCUUCUGCCCCGACCCCGUGGCCUCGCCAGGCUACGUCCAGGCCGCCUCGGGCUGGGCAUGCGACGAGGGCUACGUGGGAGAGGCUGUCAAGCAGUGCGUAGAGAGCGAGACUUGCAGCGUGGAAAUACGGCUGUCGGGCUGCGUGGAAGAGCGCCCCUGCUUGGCGCCAGAGGUCGAGGACGCAUGCCGCGUCGACGCCGACGCGUGCUCCUCGGUGCCGGCCGGCUCGUCCUGCGAGGCUCGGUGCCGGCCCCCGUACGCUGGGAACGAGUCGUCGUCGCACUGCCCCGCCUUCAACACGGACCCGGCGCGGAAGCUGGUCUACUCCGCGCCGGCGUGCGGCGUGAUCGAGGACUGCGACUACCUUCCCGCGGGGUACCUGCGCAACGGGUCUGGCUGGUACUGUGCCCCUGGCUACCUCGGCAGUGCGGUCGUCAGCCAGGGUGGAUGUGGCCGGAGGCUCGAGCUCGCGGGGUGCCUCCCGCCCGCCCCCUGCCAGACCCCCGUCGUUGAUCCCUGCAAGCUGGAGGCGUCGGGCUGCGAGCAGGUGCCCCCUGGCGGGGCUUGCGAGGCGAGCUGCCGCGCCCCGUACGCGGGCAACGCCACCGUCCUGGUGUGCCCCGAGGGCAAUGUCGACCCGCAGCAGCACCUGGUGGGCGCCCCGCCGCAGUGCGAGCUGCGGUGCGCCGCCCCGCGGCCUAUGCCCGCGGGCUACGCGGCAACCCCUGCUGGGUUCGAGUGCGACUGGGGGUACACCGGCAACGCGACCGCCUUCUGCAACGACUCGCACGUCGUGGACGAGGGCGACGGCAACUGUAGCGCGGAGUUUGUGCUCGUCGGCUGCGAGCGCUUCUCGGCCUGCGCGCCGCUGGAGCUGGACUCCCCCUACGUGGCGUACGGCUGCUCGUCCGUAGCCUCUGGCGAGUCAUGCGAGGUGCGCUGCAGGGACCCCUACGUCGGCGAGCCCACGGCCGCGACGUGCCCCUACGGCAGCAGCGGUGCCGCUCAGCCGCUGCUGUACACGCUGCCGUCCUGCGACCUGUCGUGCGACACGGUGCCCGUAGGAGAAAAUGAGAGGGAGAUUGAAUUUAACUUCUGCGCCAAUUCAGGGGGAAGAAAAGGCAUGAUCAAGGAGAAGAAGAAGUGA